AUGUCAUACAUUCUCCACCAAACUUUAUUUACUCCAGUGCAGAACGCGCUACGAGCAUUUCUUGCGGCACUGAAGGAUGACUGUAGUCUCCUACAUCAACGUACAGCGUCGAUCGUUGUAGAUGAAUCACACACUGUGGAAACGUGGACAGGGAAAAGGUAAAAGUACAAACUCGAGAUUUCGAGUUUGAAUAGAAUGAUAUUUAAGAAUGAUGCACAAACAAAAUAAAUGUAUAUUAAAAUAUUGAAAGUUCGAGAUUCAGUGGUCUGUCGUAUAAAUUGCUACAGUUUUAACCAGAGUUUUAACAAAACAAUAUAAUAAAAUUGUAAUUAUAAUUGGCUCUGAAUCGAAUUGUAAUUUGGAAAGUUACCCGGCGUGACAUACUUCAUGGGAAGAUGUUUAAAAAAUGUUUAUUUUGCAACAAAUGCCAUUAUUAAUCAUGAUUUUUUCUGUGUUGGUGUAAUGUAUUCAGGUGAGUACGAUGCUUGUGAUGUUACCCUGAGUGUAUAUCCACACCGGGCAAGCUUGAAAAAAUAUGCCUGACCACGGUGGGAAUCGAACCUACGACCUUUGGAAUACUAGCCCAAUGCUCUGCCAACUGAACUACGCGGUCGGGUUAUUUUUCAAGCUUGCCCGGUGUGGAUAUACACUCAGAGUAACAUCACACAUAGACGGAUUUUUGAAGUGCUACCCCCAACAUUAGCUAUAACCCCCCAACAAAAUGUCCCCCACUCCAAAAAAAUAUUCAACCCCCCCUCCUCAAUAUUCGGCAUAAUAAAAAAUAAUUAAAUAGUCCACUCCAACGUGCAGAGUGUUGAUGUGCAAUUACAGUGCAAUAUUCCGAAACUAAUCUCUCCUCGCUUGCAUUCACUGGUUUAUUGGAGCAAUUGUAAAGUUUUGAAACUCUAUUAUCUCCCCUGAAUAGAGUUUGCAGUCAUGCGAAUAGCUUGCGUGCAAGGAACAUUUGGAAUUUUUACGAACAUUAUUUUUAGUUUUCAAUUCUUUUAGGAAAUAGACUUGCCUAGAUUUAAUCUUUACACCCCAAAUAUUAUUUACAUCAGAGUUGCAUUAUAAAUUGUACUCAGAUUCAAACGACACAAUGUUGAUGACUUUAUAAAAGUAAAAGCAUAUUGUGUAUUUGCCUACUGGGUUUACAAUUUUACAGGUUCAUUUAACUUUAACUCUCUCAAGUCUCAACAGACAAUCGGACAUGCCAAAUCCAUUGAUAUCUGAACUUCAAAAAACUUUUUUUCGAAGCUAGAAAUCAUGAUUUUUUUUCAAAUUUUUCCAGGGAUACUUUGUUUUCUGCUCUCUAGACUCUGCUCCACCCCUAGAAUAUAGACCUUACUGGAGUUUGGUGACACUUUGUGUUGCUUCAGUCGCCUGCUCACGGCUCACCCCCCUAAAAUUUCUGGCACCACCCCAGUAAAGAAUAUGAAAAUCUGUCUAUGACAUCACAAGCAAUAUCAUAUUCAUCUGAGUACAUUACACCAACACAGAAAAAAAUCAUGAUUAUUAUAUUGAUAUUGAAGGAAGUAGAUUCUGUUCCGAAAUAUCACAUACUCGAACCGACCAGACCGCGUAGCUCAGUUGGUAGAGCAUUUGGCUAGUAUUCCAAAGGUCGUAGGUUCGAUUCCCACCAUGGUCAGGCAUAUUUUUCAAGCUUGCCCGGUGUGGAUAUACUGUACAUUCAGAGUAACAUCACAAUCAUCAAUUAAAUCAUGCAUAUUAUGUGUAAAUUUUAGGAAAAAUAAAUGUAAGAAAGCAAAUAUGAACAAGGCAUUUAGAAGCGCUUUUGGAAAACUCUCACUUCUGCGUUCGAUGUGCAAAAAAGGUAAGCAAUUUUACCAAAUUAUUUUAUUCUCUUCAGCAAGUCAUCUGUCCCAGAAGUUCAAAACACUGAAACAUAUUCCCAUGCAGUAUUAAAGUAAUUACUGUAUGAUUAGUAGAAACAUUGAACACAUAAUUUAGUUAAGCAAAUGCUUGGGAAAUGAUGCCACAUGCUGUUUGUUAAUUUUGUGAUGAUGAUGUGGGAUGAGAAAAAGUUUCAUCCUUUCGAUACAAGCCGACUCAAACAAUGUACCAUUUGAAUGCAGAAAAAGUUUAUUGUUUCAUGCAUACACGGAGUCUGGUUGGUGUGAAUUAAUACACCAUUAUUUAUAUAUUUAUUUUAGAUUGUCCCUUGUUGGCUUUAACUGGAACUGCAGACAAAAGCACUCAAGAUACUAUUUGCAAUGAACUUCUGUUAAAGGAGCCAACCAAAUUCUUUGUAAGUCCAAACCGUCCAAAUCUUAGAUUUUGUGUGCAUAAAGUGAAAAAGGAUGACAUGCUUGCCCAAUUGGAUUGGUUAAAGAGACUCUUUAGUUCCCUGAAAGGUGAUGGAACAAAGAGGAUUGCUAUUGCAACUACUUCACUAAGUAUAUGGGUGUAAACUUCCCGAAUAUCCGUUAUGUAAUUAUGUUUGGGCUACCAAGAAGUCUUUUAGAUUUACAUCAUCAAGCAGGUCGUGGUGGAAGAGAUGGAUUGCAGAGUGAUGUUGUGAUUGUUUUUUUUAUGGUCAACAAGUUUCCCAUUGUGACGAUGAUGUAAGACAAUUUGUCAAUACAACUGGCUGUUAUCGGAUUGCAGGUUAUGUAGCUUUUGAUACACACAUUACUGCCCUAUUGCCUGCACACCUGUGCUGUAAUUAUUGUGCUGGAACUUGUACUUGUAUUUCUGAUGGAUGUGCUGAACCAACAAAACCUUUUGAGACACUGGCUGUUAAAAAGAUCUUUCAGAAUCAUCAGUCCAGAAUAGUUUCUGAUGAAGACAAACAUUUGUUGUCAGAAUCAUUGCAAGAGCUAAUGAAAGGUAUGUUUGCUCCCACAAUGUCACCAUUUGGCAUUACUUCUAGCCAUGGUUUCUCACAAGAACUUAUAUCUGAUGUUGAAUCCAACUAUCACUGCAUUUUCACAGAAGAUGACAUUUAUCAUCUUGUACCUAUCUUUUCAAAAACCCAUGUCACCAAGAUCCUAGGCAUAUUUAGUGAAAUAUUUGACGACAUUGAUGAGUGUGCACUUAUAUGUGAAGUGGCUGUUGACCAACAGCAAACAAUAAACCAUCUUACAAUGUUAAAUGAGUUCAUUAGCACAACUGGUUAUCUUGAAGUGGAUCCUGAAUUUGAGGAUCUGGAUAUUUUAAGUGAUGAAUGA